CUUGUCGUUGUUUGUCGACAUCGUUGAGGGAUUCUUGCUACUGAGGCUCUCAGGCGUAGAAGACAGUGUCAAAUGAUUGGGAGGUCAAGUGUGGAAGGCCUCUAGCAAUGCCAACAGUCUGUUGUAAAACGUCCAUCUAGGGAUGGGAGGCAAAAGAAAAGUACAGGAAGUUGAUAAUGCUGGGGAGGGUGAUCUGGAUCAUGAGGAGGAAGACGAGUUUCAGAGAGAUGCUGAGGGAUUAUCUUUCUACGAGCGACAAAGACUGGAGCUGAUCGAGAGAAACAGACAACGCAUGAUAGCCUUUGGGAUCCCUGCUGCGGUUUUAGCUCUUGAGAAUCUCGCUCCAGCAGCCAAACCCAAGCCUCCCAGGAGGAAGAAAGCGCACAAGGAGCCUCGUGCGCCCACGAGGCAAUCAUCACGCUUGCGGGGUGAGGAAGCCCAUGGCACUGCCAGCGAACUGGCUCUGUUCGUCGUCAAUGAUGAGUGCCCCCGCUGCAGCAAGGUUCUGACCAAAGGGCACAAGCAGCAUCUGGAGCACUGCACAGGGAAACCUCCACGCCCCGCCAAAUAUGAUGAAAGUGACGAUGAGGAUGUUGCAGAAGAUGAGGAGGAGCUGGCAGAGGUGGAAGUCAGCAAGGAGGCUGAAAGGAUACAGCGGUUGGACGACAAGUUGAAGUCCCUCCAGAUGAACGGGCUCAUUGAGCUCACUGACAAAGCUGCAAAAUUUGUGGUUCUGGGGUCCACCAAAAAGCAUUACACUGUCACUCUGUCAGACGACAGGCACGCAUGCCAAUGUGUCGAUUCCCGCAUCCGCAAGCACGAGUGCAAGCACAUACGGCUCGUGCUCACACAGCUUGACAUUGCCGACAACCCCAGCAAAUGGCAUGAGGCUGUAGAAGCGAAGGUGGGACAAGUGCUGCAAAAUGAUGGAGCCUCUGAUGGGGCCCUUGCAGCAAGCCCCACACAGCCGAAAUCCAAGAAGUCUGUGAAGCACAAAGAGCCUCCACAGCAGGAGCAGGAGAUAACUUAA